CGAUCGGUGUGCGUGAGAGGGAGAGAGAGAGAGGGAGAGAGAGAGUGAGUGAGUGAGUGAGUGAGUGGGGAGAGGAGAGAGAAGAAGGAGGUUUAAAAGCAAUUGUUAUUGAAGCAUUUCUACUUCAGUCCAGGGAGGUACAGCUGGGGUUGGAUAGCUGGAGAGCUGAGAGGAACUGGAGAGAAGAGGACAGCACACAGGGGACAGUUCAGACCAGAGGCCUGCUGCGUGGCAUCAGCCCUGGACUGCAAUCCUGGAGAGAAAGAAACACACAGACAGAGCUAAAGGAGAUGGCAGUGCAUAAAGACCAAAUCCACCACACACUCCAAUUUACCAAUGUGCCAACAGAACUCAGGGAAAGAGCUGUGAAGUUUCCUCUGUAAGUGAAGAGGCUCCAUCUCUGUUCAUUUUGUUGCUGGGAAAUUUCCUCACCUUUGCAUUGGUGUCAAGGUGCCAGUAUGAGGAACACAAGCACAUUUAGCCAGCCAGGGAUUGUGCUUCUGCUGGUCACAUGUCCUCUGCUGAGCGUUCUGCAUGGAGUUACCUGUAAGGCUGAGAGUGGACACCUUGGGGACUCUGAUCCUGACAGGUGUAUGAGACACCAUUUUGUGGAGACCAUCACACAUCCCAUCUACAAGUGCAACUCCAAGAUGGUACUCCUGGCUCGCUGUGAAGGUCACUGCAGCCACACAUCUCGUUCAGACCCUCUCAUCUCCUUCAGCUCUGUUCUUAAGCAACCAUUUAAAAGUACAUGCUUCUGUUGCCGCCCGCACACCUCCAAACUGAAAGCAGUGCGUCUGCGGUGUUCUGGUGGUACUCGAAUAACUGCCACCUACCGGUACAUCCUUGCAUGCAGCUGUGAGGAAUGCAACUGAAUGGGCUUGCCAAGAAGAAGGAAAUGGCUAAGCCCCAUUUUACAUGUGUUUUAUUGCUGUCCAUAUUAAACAAACAAUUACAUGAUUCAUUAGCAGUGCUGGUAUGGACGAAGAUGAAGCCAGCAGCAUAAAAAUCAAAGAAAAGAAACAUUCACGAGUCGAUUGCACCUGGGCCUGGUCUCUGCCAGUUGAUUAAUUUCUAAUGCAUUCCACUGCUUUGAUCACAGCAUGUGAAAAACUAUGGAUGCUGGAAACAACUUUGCAGUUUAGGGGCGUUAUGAGAGAUCGUAGAAGCCCGUUCCGGGCUGGAGACAUUCCAACGAAAGUGAGAGAACUCUCGGGAAUUGUUCACAGGUUGCAGAGAUGCCAGGGUAAUGUCUCUGUUGCAGAUGUUGGACAUUGUAAUGUCAAUUCUCAGCCUAUAAGUGGAAAAUGGCCAUUUAAUGUAAGUCUGGUCAAAUAUCGCAUGCAUGGUUAAGAUAGUUACAUUGAACAGGACUGAGUUAUCAAAGGAAUAUUAAAUUCAUAAUGACAGAAAUGCCCAUGGGACUCCUAUGUUAAAAUCACAAAAGAAUGCUGCGUUUAUUUAAGUUAGCAUCAGAAUUUCAUUAGUUUACAAUAAGAUGGAGCAGCCUUCUAUAAAAGUCUUUGUCGUGCUUUGCUGUAAUUGUACCCUUUGUGAAGUUGUACAGGGUUUGUAAUGAUGGAGAGAAAAAAAACAACAACCUGACAGCUCUGUUGGAUCUAAUAAAUGACUUCCUUUUGUUUUUCA